ACGUUACUUGCGUCGGAUAGAGCAUACGUACAGCGGACCAAGAUGGCUGCGCCCCGUCACAGUUGUAACUUUCCUUAAAAAUGUGUUUAUGAAGGUUUAUGGAGAAAUCUGGUAAAGAAAUCAAGAUGCCGACUGUGCUGAAUCUUAGCAAUGAGGUGGUGAAGAUGAGGAGUGAGGUGAAGAAGGUGAAGGUGUUCAUCAUUCGCAAGCUCACUCGUCAGAUGACCAUGCUCAAGAAGAAGAAAGGCAAAGAGGAGGAGAUGCAAAGGAACCAGCGGCGGGCAGCAAGACUGUUGGAGGAGAUGCAUGAGAUAAAAAUCCUAGCACCGGACACCAUCACCAAGGCUGCCUUGCAGAAAGACAUCAACUUUGAGAAGGUGUGUCAGGAUCCAGAGGCUAGCAUCUCGGGACGUGCCAUAGCUCGCAUUGCCACUCACCCUCAGUUCAGCCAAAGAAUCCAGAGCAUCAAGGACAGAAUCAAAGCCUUUAAAGAUGAGAGGACCGGCAAGUCAAAGGAAGAGAAAACCAGUGAAAAAGACAAAAUUGAAAUCAUUUCUGAAAAACAGGAUGAUACGCCCUUGGUCAUUGAAGAGGUUCAGGCCACAGCUGGUGAGGUGACGGUACUGACAGAGAAACAGGACGAAAAUGAUAACCCACCAAGUGAAGGCUGUGUUACUGGUACAGAUAUAACAACUGCAUCUCAAACUAAGCCAAAUGAUGAGGCAGCGACAGUAGAACAGACAUCAACCGAAGGCGAGAAGGUGCCAGCAGAGGUGGUGAGGAUGAGGAAGGAGGUAAAGAAGAUAAGAGUGCUCAUCAUUAGCAAGCUCACAAACCAGAUGGAUGUCCUCAAGAGGAAGAAAUGUGAACCAUCCGAGGUGGAGGACAACCAGCAGAAGACCUUCAAACUUCUCAAAGAAAUACAAGUGCUUAGAAGUAUCCAACCAGAUCACAUGACCAAGGCUGCCUUGCUGGAGAAUGCUAACUUGGAGAAAGUGGGCGAUGACCCUGAUGUUAGCCCACUGGAACGAGCCACUGCUCGUAUCAUCACACAUCCUCGAUUCAUUAAGAAGCUGGAAGCAGUCAAGGCAGCAGUUCAGGAGGAGGAGCGAAAAGCUGCAGCAGCGCAAGAAAAGAAGAAAAGACUGCUUGAUCAGGCCUCUCUGGGGGAGAACAGUGUAAGAGAGGAUGACGAUGAUGAUGAUAAUGAGGACGAAGAUGAAGAUGAGGGUGAUGACAAUGAGGAGACAGAAGAUGAAGGUGAUGACAAUGAGGAGACAGAAGAUGAAGGUGACAAUGAGCUUGAGAGCGAUGAAGGUGAAGAAGAGAAUGAGGAAGUGGAUGAGGAAGAGGAAAUGCCCAGAGUGAGCCAGAGUACUAGUCAAUCUCAGGUAGCUGAAAUGACUCCGGAGGUUGUAGAUGAAUGUGUUUCGAUAGAAAGAAUCACUUCCCCAGUAAAGGAACAGGUGACUAUAAAAGUCUCACCUGAAGGACAUUCUGUGGUUGUUGUGGAUCAGGCAAGCUCAUCAAACAUUCCUUCCACUGUAGUCAGCACUGUCAAACCUGAUGUAAAUACGAUGCCCUUGAAGAAAAACACAACUGCCUCUCCUGCUCCAAAACAUAAACAGAUUUCUAAUCCUGCGUCUAAGACACCAGAGGAAAAGAAGGAGGAAGAAAAAGAGACCGGAAAUGCUGACAGCGAAAGCGACUUGGAAUCAUCUGAGGAUGAGGAAAAGCCAUACUUUGAUGACAGCACAGAGGAGCGCUUUCACAAGCAGUCAUCCAUGGAAGAGAGUGACGAUAAUGACUUCUUUAUUGGCAAAGUAAGCAAAUUUAAGAAGAAGAAAAAGAAUCCUGUACAGGGUGAGGAAAAGACAAAUGAUGCAAAGAAAAGUGCCGGCGAGGACACUGUCAAGAGUGACUUCAAACACUCUAAAUUUGAAUCAGUCUUCUGUAAUGCCCUUUCAAGAGGCAGAGGCGGGUCUCAGAAACCCAGAGAUGGAUUUGGUGGCAGACCACCACGGUUUCAGAAACAGAUGAGACAGCCAGAGGGAGAUUAUAAAGUUCCAGGGGAGAGGAGGCAAAACCAGGACUACCCACCAAACAGGAAACCAGGGCCGUCGUCCUUCCAAAGUCAGAAGUCUGCUUCCAGUAGUAAUUGGGGGCGUACGGAGAGAGGCUCAUUCGGAGCAGGAAGAGGCAAGCAACCAUUCGACCGUCGGCAAAACCAGAGUCAGAGCCAGAGAGGGUCAUAUGGGAAGACCUUUAACUCUUCACGUCAAACUACAGAGGCGUUGCAUCCAUCUUGGGAGGCCAGCAGAAAGAGAAAGGAGCAGAUAAGCCAAAUCACAGCUUUUCAAGGGAAAAAGAUCAAGUUUGACGAUGAUUAAUUUAGCUGGUCUUGACUUACCGCUAUAAGAACUUGUAUAAUGAUUUUUUUAACAGAUGAGUCAACAUGCUAGGAGACUAUUUUUUCUCUGAGUAUUGUAACAUUUGUGCUCAACAUAAGUAGAAUAAUGUCUUUGUUUUGUGCUUGUGAACAUUGGAACCUGUUUUGUAAUGUUAAUUAAUUACGUGUUUCCUAACUUAGUUUUUCAUGUCAUUAAACAUUUGCCCUUGUAAA